CUUCAAUUCGACAACAUCCACUUCACUGACAAUCACGUUUCCAUAUCCAUACAUUUCGUAGAAUAAUGGUGGAAGUUUCGUUAACUGUGGGAAAGCUUGAUGCCCUGUUGGCACUUUUGCUCACCAAAGACCACCACCUUAUUGAAUUCCCAACGAUUUUGCUUCCCAACGGAGUCAAAGCCGGUUCCAUUGUGAAAAUCAAAUGUGACCAAGAUUUGACCACAGAAGCAGAGGAAUCUAGACACUUUCAACGAAUCCAAGACGAAAUCCUCAACACCUUUGGCAAAAAUUUGCCCCAGCCCCCAGUGUUGAAGGUGAGAAACACCACCCAGACUUCGUGUGUUUUGGAAUGGGAAACCUUGGAGUUGGGCACAGCUUCGCUUAAGAACUUGAUCUUGUUUAAAGAUGGCAAGAAAUUGGGAGCCAUCCCUCUGCCGUUGGCCAACAAAACGACAAAAUUGUCUGGUUUACCUAUUGACAAGACAUUCCAGUUCCAGUUACGUUUGGACACAACGGCUGGUGUAUAUCUGUCUGACAUUAUAGAAGUAACAACUCAUAAGAUGACGGACUUGUCGGGUAUUACUGUUUGUUUGGGAGACAUUUCAUCCAAUGACCAGUUUAACAGGGAAGAUAUUGAAGACACUUUGAAAAACAUGGGUGCAAACUUCCCAGCCCAGGACAGAGUCAAAGUUGACACUACCCACUUCAUCUGUACCAGAGAAAACAAACAGAAUCCUGAAUUUGUCAAGGCGAAUGAUAUGAACAUUCCUAUCAUCAGACCAGAGUGGUUGAAGGCUUGCGAGAGAGAGAGACGUAUUGUAGGAGUCCGAGACUUCUAUGUC